AAGAAAUACAGUGAGAAAUGCCUUUAUAUCCAGUAUCUGUUUCUCUUUUCUUUCUUUUCCCUCACAAGAAUAAAUCUCUUAUUGCAAAGUCCAUCACGUGACAACUUCGGACGUCAAAUUGUCGAUAGCUCCGAUAUCAACACCAUACCACUUGACCACACCUAUUUCCCAACCUCCAAAAACAAACAACAAUGCCACCUCCCCUCCCCUCCCAUCACCGCGGCAUGACCGCAAACCCAACUCGCCCAGCCCGCUACCGCCCCGGAAAACCAAUCGCCGAAGAACCGUCCUCAGACGAAAACGAAGACGAGGAAGAUGAGACCGCCGUGAAGGCGAGAGAGGAGGAUGAGGGGAGGAAACGUGCGGAGGCACAGAGGCGACAAAGACAGCAGCAGCAGAAGCCGAAGGCGAGUUCGUUUCCUGCGGGCGCGAUUACGAAAGGUGUUAAGGAUGUGAAAAUUGAGGAGCAGGAGCCGGAUGAUGAGGAUGGCUUUGUUACUGAGGAUGAGGAGGAUGAGCAAGGUGCUCCAGGGGCAGCUCUGGCGAAGGUAGCGACGCUUACUGGGGCGCAAGCACCUGCUCCUACAGCUAAAGACGAAGACGAAGACGAGGAAGAAGAGGAGGAAUCAGAAGAAAGUUCCGAGGAAGAAAGCUCCGAAGACGAACAACCACGCGUCCUCCUCCGACCUACGUUCAUUAAGAAAAACCAGCGCAAACCAGAUGCUACCCAGGACACGACGGAAGCAGACACCGCCGCCGAAGCAGAAGCCCAGAGAGCACAACGGAAGGAGAAAGCCGACAUGCUAAUCCGCGAACAACUCGAGAAAACUGCGCUGGAACGCAGCGCCGCAAACCGCCAAUGGGACGAUGAUGAAGCCGAAGUCGCCGAAGAAGCUGCCAUCGAUGAUACGGACGGUCUCGACCCGGAGGCAGAACAUGCAGCGUGGAAGCUUCGGGAGUUGAAACGUGUCAAGCGCGAGCGGGAGGCGAUUGAGGAAUCUGAAAAAGAGCGCGAGGAGAUCGAGCGACGGAGGAAUCUCACAGCAGAGGAGCGCGACCGCGAAGAUCGGGAGUUCCUCGCGAAGCAGAAGGAGGACAAAGACGCUACGCGUGGACAACCGGGUUUCAUGCAACGGUAUUUCCACAAAGGUGCGUUCUUUCGUGGUGAUCUUGAGCGCGAGGGUCUCGAUCAGCGGAAUGUCAUGGGCCGGAAGUUCGUCGAUGAGGUCUCCCGCGAGACACUACCGCAGUACAUGCAGGUGCGCGACUUGACGCAGGUAGGCAAGAAGGGUCGGACGCGGUAUCGCGAUCUUAGGAGUGAGGAUACCGGACAUUUCGGUGAAGGGCUGGAUGGUCGUCGUCGUCGUGAUGGGCCGCCGGCUGGGGUUACUGAUGAACGAUUCAUGCCAGACCGGGGUGAUGAGAGGACUCGUCCUACGGGGGCGAAUGCUAGUGCUGUGAGAGAGCGACGGAGGUCAACGUCGAGGGCGAGGCCGAGGUCGCGAUCAUUUUCUCCACAAAGGGGCCGUGGAGACUCAUACAGACCUGGUGGCGGUGGGAGGAAACGAAGUCCUUCUCCAUAUGAGGAUCGGGACAAGCGCAGACGGACAGAGACAUGAUUCAGUGUAUAAUAAUUGCUGCAUAGGCGUUGGGGAGCAUUGCAUGAAUAUAUCUAGGUUACCUGUACGUUUGAAUCUACAGCACAUAUCAAGACAUUGUCAAUUGAGCAACUUGCUUAGCGCCUGUAGAC